UUUACAAUGAAUCUACUACCUGCAGUCCUCCUGCUUCAUCUCUCUCUCUCCCUCUAAACUAAAAAACAAAAAACAUCUUAAUUAUUGUCAAAUGUGGAAGCUUACGAUAGGAGCAGAGAGUGUUCAUGACAAUGGUCAAUCAUCAUCAUGGCUUAAAAGUGUUAACAAUCAUCUGGGUCGCCAAGUUUGGGAAUUUUGCCCACAACUUGGCUCCCCAGAUGAGCUUUUGCAAUUACAAAAUGCUCGCCUUUCAUUUCAAGCUCAAAGGUUUGACAAAAAACACAGUGCUGACCUUCUUAUGAGGUUUCAGUUUGAAAAGGAGAACCCAUGUGUGAAUUUGCCUCAAAUUAAAGUUAAAGACGAUGAAGAUGUGACUGAGGAAGCAGUGACUACUACCUUGAGAAGGGCUGUUAAUUUUUAUAGGAAAAUUCAGGCGCAUGAUGGUCAUUGGCCUGGUGAUUAUGGAGGUCCUAUGUUUCUACUUCCUGGUUUGAUCAUUACUUUAUCUAUUACGGGAGCUCUGAAUGCUGUCUUGUCAAAAGAACAUCAGCGAGAGAUGUGCAGAUAUCUGUACAAUCAUCAAAAUAGAGAUGGGGGUUGGGGUCUUCAUAUUGAAGGCCCAAGCACCAUGUUUGGUACUUGUCUAAACUAUGUGACCUUGAGGUUACUUGGUGAAGGAGCUGAGGGUGGUGAUGGGGAAAUGGAAAAGGGACGUAAGUGGAUCUUGGACCAUGGUGGUGCAACUGAGAUUACUUCGUGGGGGAAAAUGUGGCUUUCGGUGCUUGGAGUCCAUGAAUGGUCUGGGAAUAAUCCACUGCCUCCAGAAGUAUGGCUAUGUCCUUACCUUCUCCCAAUGCAUCCAGGAAGGAUGUGGUGCCACUGUCGUAUGGUGUAUUUACCAAUGUCUUAUCUAUAUGGGAAGAGGUUUGUUGGUCCUAUAACACCCACAAUUCAAUCUUUGAGAAAGGAGAUCUACACUGUUCCAUAUCAUGAAGUAGAUUGGAAUACAGCUCGUAAUACAUGUGCAAAGGAAGAUCUAUACUACCCUCAUCCUUUGGUUCAGGAUAUUCUGUGGGCUUCUCUUCACUAUGCAUAUGAGCCUAUACUUACACGUUGGCCUCUUAAUAGGUUGAGAGAGAAGGCUUUGCACAAAGUGAUGCAGCAUAUCCACUAUGAAGAUGAAAAUACCCAGUACAUAUGCAUAGGUCCGGUCAACAAGGUAUUGAAUAUGCUUUGUUGUUGGGUAGAAGAUCCACACUCAGAGGCAUUUAAACUGCAUCUGCCAAGAGUAUUUGACUAUUUGUGGAUUGCUGAAGACGGAAUGAAAAUGCAGGGAUAUAAUGGAAGUCAGUUGUGGGAUACUGCUUUUGCUGUUCAAGCAAUUGUCUCUACCAACCUUGCUGAAGAAUAUAGUGCAACCUUGAGAAAAGCACACAAGUACCUUAAAGAUUCACAGGUCCUAGAAGAUUGUCCUGGAGAUUUAAAUUUUUGGUAUCGCCACAUCUCUAAAGGAGCUUGGCCAUUUUCAACUGCAGAUCAUGGGUGGCCCAUCUCCGACUGCACUGCAGAAGGAUUGAAGGCUGUUUUACUACUAUCAAAACUUCCAACCGAAAUAGUUGGGGAUCCCUUAGGUGUGGAGAGGCUCCGUGAUGCUGUAAAUGUAAUCCUUUCUUUACAGAAUGCUGAUGGUGGUUUUGCAACAUAUGAAUUGACAAGGUCGUACCAGUGGCUGGAGUUAAUCAAUCCUGCAGAAACUUUUGGUGACAUUGUCAUUGAUUACCCAUAUGUAGAAUGCACAUCAGCGGCAAUCCAAGCACUAGCAUCAUUCAAGAAAUUGUAUCCUGAUCAUAGGAGGGAAGAAAUAGAUAAUUGUAUUGCAGAAGCUGCAAACUUCAUUGCAAAGAUUCAAGCGACAGAUGGUUCCUGGUAUGGAUCCUGGGGAGUCUGCUUCACCUAUGCUGGGUGGUUUGGGAUAAAGGGCUUGGUGGCAGCUGGCAUGACAUAUAAUAGCUCCAGCAGUAUCCGUAAAGCUUGUGAUUAUAUGUUGUCCAAAGAACUUGCAGGAGGUGGUUGGGGAGAGAGUUAUCUAUCAUGUCAAAACAAGGUGUAUACGAAUCUGAAAGAUGACAGACCACAUAUAGUCAACACUGGAUGGGCUAUGUUAGCACUCAUUGAAGCUGGGCAGGCUGAGAGGGAUCCAAUACCAUUGCACCGCGCCGCAAGGGUGUUAAUAAACUCUCAAAUGGAGAGUGGAGAUUUUCCUCAAGAGGAGAUCAUGGGAGUCUUCAACAAGAAUUGUAUGAUCAGCUACUCAGCAUACCGGAACAUUUUCCCUAUAUGGGCCCUUGGAGAAUAUCGUUGCCAGGUACUGCAGGCUCUUUGAAUUUUUGUUGGCAUUACCAUAUUUAAACUAGUCCUGCUUAUAUUAAGAAGCAGCACCUGUAAUCGUAACUCUAGAAGAGAGCAUGCACCAUCUGUGACAGUUGAGGGUGCACCUUUCUGCAACAGGAUUAUGUUAUAGAAGAGCAUUAUUAUACAAAAACCUUUAUUUCAACCAUAAAAA